UUAUCCAAUGCUUCUGUGAUGAGGCUGCAGUUCUACUUGGGAAGUUGGCAGCUCGAGGCAAGGGCUCUACUCUCGCAGUGGCAGUUCGACUCUGGGAUUAUGAGCAGAGCUGGUCAAAGCUGAACGCUGUUUUGAAAUUUUAUUCCGAGAACUAAGACCAUGGAGAUGGGAUUUCACAUCUUUGUAGCGUUCCUCGCCUCCCAGGCUGUGUGGGUUGGAGCAGAGGAAGCUGGACCUGGGGAGUGUGUUCCAGGGUUUCAGGUAAAGAAAUACCAGGUGGAGUACAACGGAGGCUUCCAGAAAGAUCAGCCUCUGCUGCAAGUACUCUUUGAUGACUGCGCAGGCAACGAGGACGUGGCGUUCGAGGUGUCCAACCCUGACUUCCUGAUUGAUGAGAAUCUGAACCUGGUCCCACAGAGAAAUGUGCUCAACAGCGGGGCCGUGCUCUUCAUCCACGGACUCAACCAGCACGCCGACGACAUGGCACAGGUGGACGUGCUCGGAGCCCCCGCCAGGUCUCCGCUCAGGGAGGUGCUUGGCGUUGACCGAGUGCCGACCUCCAGGCUGAGGAGAUCCCUGCUGGCCCCUCCCAUGUUUGUGAUCGAGAACCAGCGCUCCCCGUUCCCACGCAUCAUGGGCAAGUCACAUGUCAUCCCAAACGACUUGAGUUCGGACCGCACUUUUCGUCUGACAGGCAUUGGUGCGGAUGAAGACCCCGUGGGUGUGUUUAGCAUCAACAGGUACACUGGCGAGGUGUCCGUCAGCCGCUCCCUCGACCGGGAGGUCAUCCCCGCCUACCAGCUUCAGGUGUCAACGGUGGACAUGAGCGGCCGUCUGGUAGAGGGACCUGCGUUGUUGGAGAUCUCCGUGAUCGACCAGAACGACAACCGGCCUAUCUUCAGGGAGCUGCGCUACUCCGGAGAGGUGCUGGAGGGGUCACCCACAGGCACUACGGUGAUGACCAUGACAGCCGUGGAUGCGGACGACCCCAGCACAGACAACGCGGUGCUACGCUACAACAUCCUGAGUCAGUCCCCCAACAAACCCUCGCCCAACAUGUUCUACAUCGACCCCGAGAGAGGCCAGAUCGUCACCGUCAUCUCCCCGUCCUUACUCGACAGAGAGACUCUGCCCACCACCACCUACGAGCUGGAGAUCGAGGCCAAGGACAUGGCUGGCAGUGAUGUGGGCCUGAAGGGCACGGCCACCGCCACCAUCACCAUCACCGACCGCAACGACCACGCGCCCGAGUUCACCCACUCACUGUUCCAGGCUACAGUGGACGAAGGCUCGAACGGUGUGGUGGUUAACCUGACGGUGGACGACCGUGAUGACCCGGCUACGGGGGCCUGGCGGGUGGUCUACUCCAUCAUCAACGGAGACCCCAACCAGAGCUUUGCGAUCACCACCAACCUUGACAACAACGAGGGCAUGCUGUCCGUCAUCAAGCCUCUGGACUAUGAGAGCACAGCCUUCCACACGCUGCUCAUAAAGGUGGAGAACGAGGAGGCGCUGGUGCCUGACGUGGGCUACGGCUCCAGCUCCACCGCCACCGUGCACGUCACCGUCCAGGACGUCAACGAGGGGCCCGUCUUCUACCCCGACCCCAUGGUGGUCACCAAGGAGGAGAACAUCUCCGUGGGCAGCUUCGUGGCCAUGCUCAACGCCACUGACCCCGACUACCUCCAGUCGCAGAGCAUCAGGUUCGCCAUCCUCAGAGACCCCGCGGGCUGGCUGAGUGUGAACCCCGUGCGGGGGUCAGUGAACACCACCGCUGUGCUGGACCGCGAGUCGCCCUACGUCCACAACAACCAGUACACGGCCGUCUUCAUGGCCUCCGACAACGGCGACCCCCCGGCCACAGGCACAGGGACGCUGGUGAUCACCCUGGAGGACGUGAACGACAAUGCCCCCUAUGUGUACCCGUCUGUGGUGCGCGUGUGUGAAGACGCCAAGGAGGUCAACAUGUUCAUGGUGGGCGGGAGAGACAAGGACAUCUACCCCAACGGCGAGCCCUUCAAGAUCGAACUGGGCAAGCAGUCCGGCCUGGACAAGACGUGGAGGGCCGUCAGGGUCAACAACACACACUCGCAGGUGACGCUGCUUCACGGCCUGAAGCGGGCCAACUACCAGCUCCCCCUGGUGGUGGCGGACUCGGGCGUGCCCUCGCUGUCCAGCAACACGGAGAUCAAGGUCCAGGUGUGCACCUGCAAGAAGCACAGGAUGGACUGCAACGCCGCCGGCUCACUGCGCUCCGGCCUGCUCCCCCUGCUCGCCGCCGCCGCCAUGCUUCUCUCCACACUCUGCUUGUAAAUUCUGCGGAACCUGUCUGUAGUCCUCUCGCGCUGAACACUGAAGACAACACCACCACCACCACCACCACCUCCCUGCACCCCCACGCUAUCAAGAUGGCAAAGAGAGAGACGAGGAAGUGACCUCAGAACCUGUUCUAUUCUAUUCUAAAAAAAAAAAAAAAAAAAAAAAAAACUCUAGCUUUGGUAGCCUAGCUCCUGUCCACGUCUAUUUCCUCUGUUCCCUACGGAUUCUUUUUUUUCUCACGCAAUCCAGCAUUGAGCCUAUUCCCAUUCCCCCCUCCUCUUCUCUUCUCUUCUCUUCUCCUCUUUUCUUAUCUAUCUAUCUAUCUAUCUAUCUAUCUACCUGUCUCAGUCUCUCAAUCCUUCCCCACCCUUCCCUCUCUCCCUCCCUGCCUCUGGACUCUGUUGUGGACAGUGCUGUUAACUAGGACGCCCCUGUUGGGGAAGGCUUCAUAGGAUGUUGUUGGGGGGGGGGGGGAGGUGUGAGGUAGGGGCAGUUGGACUUGAUGUAUUUCUUUUUUUCUUCUCACAGACUACUGUAUAUGAGCUUGUUUACUAAUGUGAAGGAAAGAGUUUUAAAACGCCUGUUUGUUGUCUGCAGUGAUUGAUUGUGGUCUCCUAGGGCAAGGUGGUAGCCAUAAGCCUUCAAGUCAGAAGUUUUUUGGAGUCUGUUUAUUUUUAGUUUUUUUGAUUUUGAGUUUAGUUAAUUUCUUGGGGAUUUUAUUGCGUUAGUUGUAAUGGAGUGGAUUAUGAUAUAUCUUUAUAGUAACGGUGUCAACCUCAACAAAAAAAAGUACAUGAUAUAUAUAUAUUAUUUUUUACCAUUGUAAAAAUAUAUGAAUUAACUUAUGUCCUUUGACUGCAGACUCUUCAAGUACCCCUUAUGAGAAAAAUAAAUGGGAAAAAAAGGUUACAGAGAAAAAAAAAAAGAUUUAGGAUCUAUUUCUAAUGCUGUUGCUGUGUUUGUUUUAACAUGUACUAUCGCCGGUUUUCUCCGAUAAUGUGGUUGCUUUAGAGUCUGUCACAGACUGGAGACUUCUGUGUGUUCCUGUUUUUGUUUUUAUUUUUGUUUAUUGUUUUUAUUUUGUUUUUGGCUCACCCUUUCAUCUCCCACAUAGAGAGAGAUGAGAGCUGACGUUUGGGUGACCUACGAUUUUUUCUUUUUUUGUUUUGUUUUUCUCCUCCUU